AUGAGCGUGGUCCUCAACCAGGAUGCUGAAGAACACCCCACAACGUUCUGCUACCAGGUGAACGGGUCUUGCCCCAGGACGGUCCAUCCCCUGGGCAUCCAGUUGGCUAUCUACCUGGCCUGUGCAGCAGGCAUGCUGACUACUGUCCUGGGAAAUUUGUUUGUGGUGUUUGCUGUGUCCUACUUCAAAGUGCUUCACACGCCCACCAACUUCUUGCUGCUUUCCCUGGCCCUGGCUGACAUGUUUCUGGGUCUGCUGGUGCUGCCCCUCAGCUCCAUUCGCUCAGUGGAGGGCUGCUGGUUCUUUGGAGACUUCCUCUGCCACCUGCAUACUUACCUGGACACCCUCUUCUGCCUCACCUCCAUCUUCCAUCUCUGUUUCAUUUCCAUUGAUCGCCACUAUGCCAUCUGCGAGCCCCUGCUCUAUCCCUCCAAGUUCACAGUCAGGGUGGCCCUCAGGUACAUCCUGGCAGGGUGGGGGCUGCCAGCAGCUUACACUGCCUUCUUACUCUACACAGACGUGGGAGAGAGAGGGCUCCGCCAGUGGCUGAAAGAGAUGCCUUGUGUGGGCAGUUGCCAGCUGCCGUUCAAUAAGUUUUGGGGCUGGCUAAACUUCCCUAUGUUCUUUUUCCCCUGCCUCAUCAUGAUCAGCUUAUAUGUAAAGAUCUUUGUGGUUGCUACCAGGCAGGCUAAGCAGAUCAGCAACUUAAGCAAACGCCUGGCUGGGGCUACCAAGCGUGAAAGAAAAGCUGCCAAGACCCUGGGCAUCACCGUGGGCGUGUACCUCUUGUGCUGGCUUCCCUUCACCACUGACACAAUGGUCGACAGCCUCCUUAACUUCACCACGCCAGCGCUGGUCUUCGACAUCUUCAUCUGGCUUGCUUACUUCAACUCAGCCUGCAACCCCAUCAUUUACGUGUUUUCCUGCCGGUGGUUCAGGAAGGCCCUGAAACUCAUCCUGAGUCGGGAGAUCUUCUCACUGCGGACAGCCACUAUUGAUUUGUACCAAGAAUGA